AUGGAACAAUCAAACGUUACUGAUGUCGAAGCGGAGCGCGCGCGUCUGCGUCGCAACCAGCGAAAUUCGAGAGCAAGGAAGCAGGCCUAUAUCCAAAAUCUCGAAAAGCAAUGGAAUGAAUGUAUGCGAUUAGGGGCUCAAGCCACUAUUGAGAUGCAAAAGGAAGCCCGGAGGAUUCAAGAAGAAAACCGACUCCUCCGAACUUUACUACAUGAUCAAGGCUUCGAUGAUGUGGCAAUCCAGCGUGUCAUUGAUGCUGCAAAGCUUGCAGAAGGAAACACGAAUCAGAUGCAGAAUUUGCGAGAUAGCUCAAAGACAGACGCAUCAUCCAAUUGCAAUUUCUCGCCUAUUCCAUGUCUACCGGCGUUGUCUCGGACGGAAAGACCACAACUCCCGGAGGACCGAGAGGAUAGACCCCAGCCGCCUCCGGUCCCACAUAAUUGUGUGGCGGAUCUUUUCAAUCCAGAAGAUGGCUUUAAUACCGAAAUCAAUAUAAACGAUCAAACGUACCAAAAUUAUCUCGACUUCACGGAGAUAUUAUCUGACGAAUCCAUAAACUUCCCUGCACUCUAUGACGCCGAGCGCGAUCUCCCCGCGUUUCCGUUACAGGAUGAGUACCCGACGAAUGGUUUAAGCAGGCGAGCGGGUAGUCAAUGCAGUCAUCCAAACCCCCUGUAA